AUGAAAUUAUAUCUUUUAUUACUGAAUUGUUUAAUUUUUGGUAAUUUAAGAGGCGCCCGAAGCAGGAACACCCCGUAUAAGGAAGACGCAGGAGGCGUUUCCGAAGAAGCGAUCAAAAAGCUGAAGGAAAUUAAAAAGCUCGAGUUGGACAUCCUGAAGGACUUCAUGAAGCAGGACGCGGGGCAUGCGGACCUGUACAAGAAAUACCACUGCAUCGCCAGUGACUACAUUUCGGGCAACCCGAAAGGCAGCAGUGCGGAGGGGCCAAAUUUGGCAAAAAAGGGCGAAAAGUCAAAAAAGGGGGAAAAGCACCAAAACGGGGAAAAGCCCCAAAACGGGGAAAAGCCCAAAAAAAGUUUCAUAGAAAAAAUUGCAUCCUUUGUAUCCAUUUUCAGCUACAAUAACGUAAGCAAAAUUUAUUCUGAGCAUGUCCAGAGGAUUUUUCCGAAGGCAAGGGACCACGCUGGUGACGGGAGUGCUGGUGACGCCAUAUACCCGGAUGACAAAAUCGAAACGGGGAAGAAGCAAAACCAAAGCUCUUACGUGCAGUUAUCAGCAUUAAAUUUAAUGAAGAGGAAUAUGUUUUUGGGUGGAAAGGACAAGUCUAGUGAGCAUUUCGAGGUAGGUAACUUGGGAUCCUUCUACAUGAUUUUUGGGGCUCGUAAUACUGACUACCCCUGGGCGUGCUCGUGCGACCCUCUGCAGCUGAUCGAUUACAAGGAGAAGAAGAGGAACUACGUUUUGUGCAGCAACCAAGUGGACAUGUCUAUACAAAACGCGGACUUGUUUUGUAACCCCAAGAAUUCGUCCGGCUACUUUUACCUCUCCUACAUUUUCAUGUUCCUCAUCGUGAUUGUGUGCUUUUAG